CUCGAUUUGGCGGGAAAAUAUAGCAGGCAAGUUCAGACCGGAUCAUGUGACGUCAACAUUUACAAAAUGGCGGCUGCGAAGGAUGCUGUUGUUAUUAUUUUGGAUGUGGGCCCUUCGAUGUGUCAGGCCCCCCCUGGCCAUUCCACCUCACUUGAGAUAUCAGUCAAGGCUGUCAACAUGAUUAUACAAAGAAAGAUGUUUGCAAAUACAAAAGAUGAAUUUGCUUUAGUUCUGUUUGGUACUGAAGGAACAUCAAACCAAUUGAAUGAAAAUGAUGGGGAAUAUGAGAAUAUCACUGUGGCUCGCAGACUUGGUUUGCCUGAUUUAGAACUGCUUCGUUUUAUCCAUGACCAGAUAGCCCCUGGUAAUGUUGAAACAGACUUCAUUGAUGCCAUCGUGGUUGGUGUGGAUUUGUUGCGAGAACAGACAGUAGGAAAGAAGUGUGAAAAAAAGAUAUAUUUAUUCAGUGACCUUGGAUCACCAUUUGGAAACGAUCAGCUGGAGACCAUCACAGAAGGCCUCAAAAGCUUGCAAGUCCACUUGACAUUAAUAGGACCUGAUCUUUAUGAUGAUGAGGAUGAGAUAACUUGUGCCACAGAUGGAAGUGGACCUUCAACUUCAGUUCCAGAUCACAGAAAAGAAAGAACACCACAGCAGGUGGCAGGGGAAAACUGUAUGAGACAAAUGUUGGAAGCUUUAGAUGGCGAGACAUAUUCCUUUAGUCAUGUUCUACCGAUGCUGAGCUUUUUCCAGACAAGAUCAAUCAAACAAACCACUGUGUUUAGAGGACCUCUGGAGAUUGGCUCUCAGCUGAAAAUAAAUGUUUAUGGGUACAAUAGGGUAAGGGAGGAGAAGUUACCACCCUGGAAGAAGUUGUCAGCUGUUUCUCAAAUGUCUCCUAACCCUGACACAAUGGAAGUACAGAUGCAACGGUCAUAUCACUUGAUUGAUGAAGAUGAUACUGAAGUUGACAAAGAAAAUGUAGCCCAAGGGUACAGGUAUGGAAAGACGUUGGUUCCCUUGACCAAGAUUGACAAAGACAGCAUGAAACUUCCCACAGAAAGAUGUUUAUCCUUACUCUGUUUCACUUCCAAUGAAAAUGUCCGGAGAUAUCAGUAUGUUGGAGACAAUGUAAUAGCCUUUGUUCCACAGCCAGGUGAUCAGAUGGGCAGGCCACAGAGGCACUUAAAUGUAGCAGAACUUUUAACCCUGCUCGACAAAGAGUUUUCCAGUGCAUUCAACAUCGUGCUCUUAACCCAGAUGAUCCAUCAUUACCAGAUUUAGAUCCUGUGAUUGCAAGUUAUUUGGAGCCAAGCACAGAGUUCAAAGCAAGAUGUGCUCCUGAGUGUAUGAAAAUUAAGGAUAUGUUCCGCCUUGAAAAAAUUGAAAAAAAGAAAGAGUACACAGCUGAACACAUAUUCAAACCAAUUGUAGACAAGCCAAAUGGAGAACCAUCAACCAGCAGAACAAAUGCUUUUGAUGAAACUGACUUCAGUAUGGCAAGUUUGGCAAGAGGGUCGAUCACUAAGGUUGGAACAGUUGAUCCAGUUGGAGACUUCCGUACUCUCAUCACCAGACGGGAUGAAGACAGGUUUGAUGAAGCUGCCAAACAAAUGAGAGAGUGUAUUGUGCAGCUGGUGUUAGAUGCAUUUGGAGAUCAGUUUUAUUCAAAGGCCCUUCAGUGUGUAAAUGUACUGAGAGAGGAAGCUAUCAAGGCUGGGGAAUCUUUGAUGUUUAACACAUUUCUGCAAGAGUUGAAAGAGAAGAUCGUCAAUAAAUUAGGCCAUAGAUUUUGGCUUCUGAUAGUGAAAAAGGAAGUAACCUUAAUUAGUCAAACUGAAUCUCCAGAUAGUAAUGUCACAGACAAUCAAGCUAAAGAGUUUUUAGAAGGUCAUGAUGGUGCUGUUGAAAAGGAAGAACGUCCAGCCAAUGAUUAUACAGACGAUGCUGAGGAUCUUCUUGAGCUGAUGGAAUGAGAUUGAUUCAGAAGAAGAUUGUGCUGCUUGGAGUGGUGAGUUUCCUGGGAAUGGAUCAAUAAUUCAAAACUCAAAUUUUUGUUAAAACACUGUUCAGGACUUGACUGUUUGGAUGAAUUUAU